CAUAGUUUUACUGAACCCCUGCAACACUGGCCGACCUGCUGAAGCGCCACAGAGCUCUCCACCCACUGUACUUGCUCAGUUCUUCCUACGCACUGAAACUUUGAUUUUGCGGUGUUAAAUGACUGAAGGAGAAGGGUUGGCAACUAACAGCAUGAUUGAAUGUUGCUAUGACCAACAGCAGGCUACCCUGAAAAGGCUGGAGGACUGUGUGGGGGCACCUGUUUGCUGGUUACAGACUGUCACCAUGAGGGAGCACCGCUAAGUGGAUGUGACUGCUCUGAUUGCACUCCACGGGAAAGCGAGAAGAAAUAGCCUACCUCUGAUCAUCAACGCGUCAUAUAAUGUUUCAGCGGACGCCCCUCCCCCUGUCUCGUUUUUUCCCCUCACUCAACCUCUCCUUUGACUCACAGAGGCGGCUCACCACUGGCGCACGGACCGUGGAGGAUACGGGCAGAAGAUGGCUGACUUAGCCGGGCACCGCAAGCCCUCGGCGGCAUCACCAGCGUCACACGGGCCGCUGAAAAGCUGCAAGACACCCGCCGUCUGGCGACUGUAAACAGCUGCCUCUCUCAACCCCUCCUCUCCCCUCCUCACCGCAAAUAUUGACAGAAGUAUCACAGAGAAAACAUGGCAGAGAUGGAAAAAGAGGGCAGACCUCCGGAAAAUAAAAGAAGCCGAAAACCAGCUCACCCAGUGAAAAGAGAAAUAAAUGAAGAGAUGAAGAGUUUUGCAGAGAACACCAUGAAUGAGCUGCUGGGCUGGUACGGUUAUGACAAGGUGGAGCUGAGAGACUCUGACAGCCUGGAAAUAGGGGAGAUGCCACAGCACAUCUCUGUCCUCAAAGAAAACUCGUUGCCAAAAAUCCCAGCUUCAACAGAGAACAGUGAAGACUCUCCGGAUCGAGCCAACAGCUUUCAAUCGUUGCCAGCCUCCAGGAACGGACUCACAGAGACCUCCACCACGCCGUCCACCUCCACGCCCAGCACCAAGGAGCAUGGCAACCUGCCCAUCAUAGUCCCCAUGAUCCCUCCGCCACUGAUCAAGCCCCCUGCAGAUGAGGAUGCGUCCAAUGUGCAGAUCAUGUGCGCCUGGUGCCAGAAGGUCGGCGUCAAGCGGUAUUCUCUGAGCAUGGGGAGUGAGCUGAAGAGCUUCUGCAGUGAGAAAUGCUUCGCUGCCUGCCGCAGAGCCUAUUUUAAGAGAAACAAGCUUGGAUUUAUAAGGAAUUAUACCGCAAGAGACGACGAUGGCCUCGGUGGGAAAUUACCCCUGCACAGCUUUGCUCAGGACACGCCCAGGCUUGUCUUCAAGACAAACAGCGAUGUGCUUGUGUGUGACUGGUGCAAACAUAUUCGCCAUACUAAGGAGUACCUGGACUUUGGAGCUGGUGAGCGGAGGCUGCAGUUCUGCAGUGCCAAAUGCCUGAACCAAUAUAAAAUGGACAUUUUCUAUAAAGAGACCCAGGCUGCCCUUCCUGGAGCGCUGUGUAACCCAGGACACGGAGCUGGAGGGGAGGGUAAGCCGGAGUGCAGUUCUGGAGUGCAGCUGCUCACUCCUGAAUCCUGGGGAACGCCGCUAACGGACCUUCGACGUAAAGCUCCCUCACCUGGAGGGCCUUCCUCCACCUCAGUUUUGGCCCCUUCCACAUCUUCUGCUGCCUCACCCUCAGACACUGCAGCUGUCUGCUCCCCAUCCUCCUCCUCUUCAGCCAAAAUCCCCACACCCAGACCCCAUGAGAGCCCCUCACUUCCCCCACCACCUGUUCCCACUCUUCACCCACCUGUCGGGGUCCCCUCUGGCAGCCCUCCCAUGGUGAUGACACCCCGGGGACCCAUGCCCCUGCCUCUGUUCAUGGAGCAUCAAAUGAUGCAGCAGAUCCGCCCCCCAUUUCUUCGUACCUCUGCCCACCCAGGAGGGCCCAACAGCCCGCUGUCAAACCCAAUCAUCCCCGGUAUUGGUCCACCACCACCUCCUAGGACCCUUGGUCCUGCAUCAAGCCCCAUGCACAGGCCUCUGCUAUCUCCACAUGUCCACCCUUCAUCCAAUCCCAACCCUGGCAUGAUCCCCCCACACCCUGGAAUCCCCAUGCCGGGCCUACCACCUUUCCCCCCAGUCAACAUGAUGCCCAAUGGACCCAUCCCCCUGCCCCCAAUGAUGAACUUUGGCAUGCCGUCCUUGGCUCCAUUGGUACCUCCUCCAACUCUCUUGGUCCCUUACCCUGUCAUUGUACCCCUCCCAGUCCCAAUUCCUAUUCCAAUCCCCAUUCCCUUCAACCCCAAAUCCUCCAGGGACCAACCUGAGAGCACUGGUUCUGUCCGUAGUGCUCCAGAGUCCUCAGAAGCUUCAGCCUCUAGGCCCCACUCUCCAGGCUCCUCUGGAGGUGAUAGAGGGAGCCAGAAGAUAGAGCCAGCUGGAGGGCGUGUCUCUCCUGUGCGGUCAGAGAGAGGCAGGACAGUGGAAUUGACAGUGAAGGCAGAGGACAACUCAGGCAACCUUUGUCUCAGCAGUGGCCCUGGAUUGAUGGAUGGGGUUAUUGAUCUAACAGUGGGCCAAAGAUCAUGCCAGCAGCAGGUAAUUCACAGGAUGCUACCUGGUGUCCAGGUCAAAGUAGAGCCAGAGGCGGAUUCAAGAUCUCCACCAGCUGCUGAGCUGGGGAGGGAAGGGAAGAGCCAUCGUGAUGAAGGGGAGGGGGCUCUGCUCCCACAGGAACUCCUCAGUGCUGCGGAGCCGGAUGGGGCCACACACCCUAACACACUGGAAUCAUCAGCCCCACCUUCCAGUGCUCCCAGCAAAGCUUCAGUGAGCCAGAAGAGUCCCCACUAUUCUAACCGUACAACACCACCCUCACCAAGUACAGUACGGACCCAGCCCCCAUCUCUACCCCAGCACCAGACUAGCCCUGCUGCCCCAUGUAAUGUGAUAGUCAAUGGUACGGGAUGGCAUCCACUUCUCACACCUGCUUUCGAAUCUGACCGAAGGGGAGAGGCGGGAGAAGGAGAGGCAGAGAAGCACCCAGCUAACGGUGAGCUUGAGCGUGAGGCGUUAAAAGAGAACAAUUGUUCCGUAGGUGAAUGGGAGCCAGGAAAGCGGGUCUCGGCACAAGAUGAGAUGGGUAACACGGUGGAGGGUAAGCCAGAUCCUGACUCCAACUUGGAGGAGGGUGAGCAUGCCUACGCCCUACCGCUGCUGUCGACCGGAGGCUGUGUUGUCAUACAGCCUGUGCCAAAGCCCGCCGCUGACAAGACAGCCAUCCUCUCCUGCUCCAUCAGCGCACCGCUAUCAGCCGCUGGGAGUCCUGAGCUCGAGCCGCCGCUGAAGAGGAGGUGUCUGCGAAUUCGCAAUCAAAACAAAUGAAAUGGAUGCUCUGAGGACCGCAGUGCCAUCAACGACACUCACUUGUCCACCCCCCACCUCCAAAUCACACUACUCCACACACACACACACACACACACACACACACUGUCCUCAUCCUCACCCAUCGUCCAGUCUACCAGCACCACAAAUCGCCUUUGAUGACCGAUGAGUCCAAACAAACAUGAUGAUGUGUAUCAUAGCUGAGUGGACUACUGUUGUCUGUGCGACAGACACUCUGAUGGCCACCAGGACCGUUUGGUCUCUGAACUGAAGACAGUAUAUUCCUGCAACAGGAGGACUUUACCCCGCUGCUCCUCUCCUCAUUUAGAGACUCUCAGCCCACACUGCCCCUUUAGACUUCAAUCCACCCUCCCCUAUCGAACAAGUACACUCUGUAUUGUCUUUUUACUAUGGAACGCACUGUAGUGUCCGAUAUUCAAAUCUGCUGCUUGGAAAUUAUUGAAGGAGCCCCUAAAACUGAAACGCUUCAGUCCAACUUUGUGCCACACCACAGGUAUAAAAUCUCUGCUCCUGUAAGUCUUAUUUUUAUCACUUGUCACUGAGCUCUAGAGGCAUUUAAAAAAUCGUCUUGGCGUUUGCUUGUUCACCAGAAAGGUUUGCACAUAGAUACCACACCGGUUGCUUCAGUUCAUGGGAAGAUGCGUCAAAGCAGCCACCAUGUUGCUGAGGAGGAGCAAGACUUUCUAUGGAAGGAGGAGAUACACAAUUAAAUACCAGGAUGAUUUAAUGAAAUUUCAAAUUGAUUUUCAAGCUAUUUGAAUUGUCAUUUCCCCAAAUUUUAUUUUGAUAGUUCUAAAAUAUCAGAAAUUAAGAUUACAAAUCUGCAGCUGCUUUUCUGUGAUGUUCUAAAGACUGACUCUGAAAUGUAAAAACUGAUGGGAUUACAUCAUUUUCAAGAGUUUACUGUCACCUUGAAAUAUGAGCUGCAGACGAGUCAUUUGGCUCAAGUGCUGCUGUUCGUGAAUGCCUUUUAUCUUUUAUGAAUGCACACACACAAAAAGUAAUUCUGAUGCAGCUCUGAAUGCUUCUGUAAUGACAAUUCAAGCACAUUUUAAGUCAGUUUAAAAGAGAGUUGCACAAAGCAGCACAAAAGUUCUCACGUUACACAGGAAUGGCUAAGAGCACAUAGUGAGCUCCCCCGAGCAUGAUGGUGGCUGCAGAGAUGCAUCUCUCAAGCCCAGCUUUGGUAUCUGUGUGUUAAUACACGUGCUUAUUCACAACCAGCAAAAAUGUCCUUGCCAACCUUGUCACCAAGUUCUGGGUGAAUCCAAUAGGAUUAAGAAAUCUGGGAAAUCUUUUUUUCUUUUUUUGGAUGGGGGCAUAAAAUCACCUUCACAUAUGUUGAGAAUUAUUCUGGAGAUAACCUUCACCAGCAAGUAAGUGUGUGGGUGGAAUCGUGCAAUCUCUGCCAUUUUCCGUUGGCAUCUGUCUGUUUGCUCUCCACUGAAUUCAGUUUUAGUGUUACACAAGGAUAAGAUGGAGCUGUCGUGAUAAUCAUUCCUAUUAUUGACAUUUUCUCUACCCUCUGGAAUGCUGCCCGUGUGCUUAAACAGUAAUCUGUGCAAGUAACAGUAAUAACAGAGAGCAUUUCAAGGCUUACUUGCACCACCAAAAGAACUGAGAUGGCAUGGCAAUGUGGAAGCAUCCUCCAGCCUGCAGUGGGUACUCGCUUCCGCAGGCUAGUACUUAAUCUUUUCUAUAAUACAUUACCAGUGAUGUUUCUGUCAUGGGUUAGUUUGAGACUGACUGCACUGAAUUUUGAGGGGGGUGCAGGGGGAAGCCAGCUCUUUCAUAAAUUAUUCUUGUGGGACUGAAGGGAAAACUGCUGAAGUAACACAACAGAAACAUUUGAACAGUAAACACACAGAGGACAAAUUCUUUAUGGCAAUAUUUUGUCCACUAACUCUGCCAAGUUGGUUCUUUUUUUGCCAAUUCUUUUUUGUUUUAAGGAAGUAUUUUCAGCAUUUGUAGAUCCUACCAGGAAGUUUGAGUAAAUGCAACACAACUGUCACCCAUCCAGUUUGAUCUGAUCCAGUUACACAUCGGCUGUGAGCUGGGACGCCAUCAGACAAAGCCAGCAUUUAGUUUACACUCCUAUGGAGGAGGUGCACUGUACCAGUGUGAGACAAGGUAUUAUCACAUGCCAAAGGCCUCUGGUGUGUUGAAACAAAACAUGUCACCUAGUUUUUAGUGGAAAUGGGAUUUUAAACUGAAGAUUUGACUGGAUAAUUUAUAGCUGCCAAAAUAACAAGCACUUAUUUUGAAAAAAAGAAAAGAAAAGAAGGCCCAAGAGAAGAGAAGUGGAUGUCAAAAGCAUCAUUACUAUUAUACUCUUUUCGGUUUAGACCUGUGAUAUGUCACAGUAAGCGUGAGAUAGAAUCUGGCUUAAAACGACAAAGUGAUCUUCAAUUAUCGUUUGUCUUGCACCCUGAUUUUUUUUUAUUAUUGGUAUAAAAGUAAAAAAUUGUUUUCUACACUGUGUAAAGACGAGGCCGAGCUUUUCCUCAUGCACGUAUUCACAAGCAUACAUACUUAUGUGGCACAAUGCACAUAGUAAAUUUAACUUUGUGUUUGUGUGUGUGAGGCAGGUGCAAGCAGAGAGCCCAGCUGAGAUUACAGAGUGUUGACUCAGAAUAAGCAGUGUGCAACUCUAUCUGUCGCCUCUUAGUCAGGCAUUUAGGCUUAGCUCGCCUCUUGCCAAGGCCCAGCUUUGGUGUCACUUUAAGCUUUUCCUCGUCUCUGCUUCAUUUCUCUGCAAGCAGAGCCAGUCAAAAUGGUCUUUUUAAGCUCUUGCCUGCCUUUUGCUGUAUUGCACUUAAAGAGACAGGCUAACAUAUGCAUCUGGUGCUGUUAUUUUGGUUAUGAGAUGCUGUAAUUUUGAAUAUAGAGACCUAAUAGAACUAAAUCACACUGAGGUGCAGGAAAUAUGAAGGAAUGCAGUUCCUGAAGUGGCCACUUGAGGCUUUUUCCAAAAACAAAUAAGUUCAAUUAGCUUCCUUUGUCAAAAUAGAUUAAAAAGAGCAGACAACCAUGUUUUACAGCCUGGCACAAAAGCAGUUUUUGGAUAGUUUCCCCUUUCAUAAGAACAACACUUGGUUUAGGUGUUGGUGUCUUUUACAACAUUUUUAAUUAUAUUUUCAGACAAUUAAUAUGCCAUCUAUCAGCCCACUCAAGAGGUUUGUGCUUUAAUUUUGGUGAAUGAAUUAUAAUAUUUUAUUAGUCUGUUACUUAAAACUCAUUAGCAGGCAUGUAUGUGUGGUGCUUGCUAACCAAACUCACAAGUGUUAGCACCCUUUAGCACCCUUUCAUUCAGAUAUGGUCACUUAUGGCUCCAGCAUGGAAACCAGAAAGGUUUGGGCCCAAGCAGCCCAAGCGCAAAUGUAGAGUCUUAAAAAUGGUCAGCGGGUGACGGCACGGUGGCUUAGUCCAUCUUAAAUAUACAGUCUGUGAAUGACACUUGCAUGUGUGUUUAAAAUGCUAAAACAGAUUUGAAAAACUCAACAGCAAUGCCCAUUUCCAAAAUCAUGAUCCGUUUACUCUUCCUACAGAACUACACCGGUGACUGUGCAGAAGGAACCUUUCAUUUUCCCAUGACAAGAGCAGACAUUAUUUGGAAAAUAGUACAUUAAAGGUUUCUGAAUUAAGUGGGCCAGAAAGAGACUGUUCUACGACUUUUUCAAAUCCUAACCCUAACCUGUUGCACACAACUAUUUAAGAGACAUUUAGUUCCAUUAUACAGAAGAGACAAGAAGGCAAAAAUCUUUACAGCCACUAUACAAGAUAGGAAUGGAGUGAAAGCAUGGCAGGCUACAGGGAAGAUAUGCAAAUGUGAUUUUAGGCUGAAUUAUUCCUUUAAGUAGAGCUAUUUAUUUCUGUAAUACUUUCCCAAAAAAUACAGUUUACAUCAGAAGAAUAUAAAUUAUUCCUCUGAUUUAAUUUCUUCCCCAGAGAAUAACUCUGUUUGUUUAUUGACCUUUCCCUGACCUUUCUUAUGGCACCAUCAGGAAAAUUUUUACAAAUUUAUUUAUUACAAAUCUCAGAUAUCUUAACCAGUAGUUUCAUACCGAUUAAAAAGGUUGAGAGGGCUUGAUUUGAUGAGGAACUUUCUGCAAUCUGUUGUUAUGUCUGUUUUCACUCCUGCUUGGCCCUGUUACAUAGAGACGCUUACUUACAUACAGAGACUACAGCAACAUGCCCAAUUGUGUCUGUUUCUAAUCUGCACCAUGCUGUGUUGGCGUCACAAGCGGUAUGCUAUCUGUGCCUGAGACAGACACCGAACAUGCGGAAGCCUGACUCUCGUGGAGAAAACCUAGACCGCAGAGUCAGUCUUUGUGAGGGCAACCAGACGCGUGACAAAUAUCCAGCAUUCCUUUUUUUGGUGAUGGACUACAGGCCUGGUCAGCAGCCUUAAUUAUGCAAUGACAACCAACUCCAAAACUGCUAAAAACAAGUGGUCCACAGGCAAAAUAAAACAUGAUUCAACUUCAUGUUACUUUUCAGAAACAACGGAGAAGUUGCCUUAACUCUUGCUUGUAUAAUCUCUCCAGUUAAGACAAUGAUGCUCGCUUGUAAAGAAGACUCUCCCUUCUUUGUACAAAAUGAAAUAUACCAGAAACAACAACUUUGUUAUCUUGCUAGUGUCAAUGUAUAGAUGAUCAGCUUUUUCUGUAACUUGUAUGGACCGUCACAUUUUUGCUAAGAAGAGAACCCCCACCCCCACCCCACCCCUUCCAGACUUCCUUGUUCCUAAUCAUCCAAUCUGUUUUAACUCGUGGUGGACUGUCAAUCUUUUUUGUGUACAUUUUAUAGUAUUAUUUAUUGUUGACAAGUUUUGCAUUUGCAAAUAAAAAAGUAAAGGUGGUUUGACCUGAGCAUUCGAUUCCAAUGUAAAUGCUUGGUGAACAGUGACAUGCUUUUUCUUUCUUUUUUUUUAUCAUUGAAAUGGAGGACAGUGAUAUGAGGAGGCCUUUUUAUUAUGUUGUAACAUGUACAUAACAUGUGGCCAAAAUUGCUUUUGGAGAAUGGUCAUUUUUUUGUGUUGUAACGGUAUUUGUUUUAUUCAGUGAAUUGCCCAUGAAGACAAAUAAAUAAGAGGCACACACAA